UAAUCAUAGCAUGGAGACUGGAGAGCGGGAAUAUAAGCGUGUGAACAGGUAUUUUGUACAUGCUUCGUUAUGACGCAUCAGAAAGCGGCGCAAUAGACUAGUCUUGUAACCCAAACUCUAGUAGCACGUUUUUGUUCCAUGAGCGAUCCCCCUCUCCGUCUAUAAAUAUACGUACAUCCAUCUUUAUUAGUACCAUACAAGCAUAGGGUAGGUAGUAAAUAUAAUCAAGUUACUGAGAACACUGCAGCAUGCUUUCAUUUGCUUGAGAGGCCAAGAUAGUUAAAAUUUAUUUAUAAAAAUGGGGAGUGAGGGUGAGAUGAAGGUGGUAUCAAAGUUCGGGAGAAUAUGUGUGUUUUGUGGGAGCAGCCAUGGCAAAAAGAUCAGCUAUCAGGAUGCUGCUAUUCAGCUUGCCAAAGAACUGGUAUCAAGAAACAUUGAUCUGGUGUAUGGAGGGGGCAGCAUUGGCCUAAUGGGUUUGAUUUCUCAGGCUGUUCAUGAUGGUGGGAGGCAUGUCAUUGGGGUGAUUCCCAAGACUCUCAUGCCCAGAGAGUUAACUGGUGUGACAGUAGGGGAAGUGAAGGCAGUAGCAGAUAUGCACCAAAGGAAAGCUGAAAUGGCUAGGCACUCAGAUGCUUUUAUUGCCUUGCCAGGUGGUUAUGGCACACUUGAGGAACUCCUUGAAGUAAUCACUUGGGCUCAACUUGGUAUCCAUGAUAAACCGGUGGGAUUGCUUAAUGUGGACGGUUACUACAACAUUUUACUGUCAUUUAUUGACAAGGCUGUGGAGGAAGGCUUCAUAAACCCGAAUGCACGCCAUAUUAUUGUGUCAGCACCAACAGCAAAGGAGUUGGUCAAGAAAUUGGAGGAUUAUGUUCCUCGCCAUGAGAUAGUUGCUUCGAAGUCCAACUGGGAGACAGAGCAACUUGCCCACCCUCAAGCAUAUAAUAUCUCAUGAAGGAUUAAGGGGCGACGGUGUAGCAGUUUGUUAGAUGAACGAUACUUGGCAGUGAAGAAGCUAACUAAGACUUAAGAUUAAUUUCUACUGUUUGGGGAUUAAGAUUUGUACUUUCUGUAAAUUAGUUCCACGACCUAGUUGAAGCGUCCUUAGUAUCCCAGCUCGACUUGAAAGUUCACUUUCGAAUCAUUGUAACUUUGUAAGUAUUAUUAGUACUUAAUUGUUGCAUAUGAAAUUUCCUAGUUAAGGGUUAGUUACUUGUGUUUCUUGAUCUGUUCGUUU